UCAGAUUCAACGUUCUCCCUCCCCAAUCCCAUCAUCUUCCAACGAUUGAGAGCAUGUUACAUCACCUGUCCUUUAUUUACCCACUCCUCCUUGGAUAAUGGGAUAGUGGAUACGCAAAGAGCAGUUCGAACUUUCAUCUGCAAAUUAAAGUCCCCUCCCUCCUUUUUAUUCUCCAAAAAGAAGAAAAGAUUGACUUCCCUGGUUAUCACCCAAGGGGCAAAAGCCAUAUAUUGUAAGUCUUCUUGUUCCAAUGCAACAAGUCUUCUGUAAAUUAAAUUGAAGAGUGGAGCACAAGCUCCAAAUAGAUAAGAAAAAUUAACCUUUGCGUGUAUUUUAGGGGUCUUGCUAUAUAAUAAAGCGUGCUACAUGGUUUACCACUCACUAUUCCUCAAAGGAUCCAAGUUUGCAAGUUAAGUUAAUGAAAUUCCCUUCCCUUCGUCAUACCCAUUCUUUGUAAUUCCUUCACGUAUCCACAAAGAAUCCCAAACCACGAUUCAUAAUAACAUAUUCUUAUCCAAAAAACUAUAUUCUUCACACAAAACCGUUCCUCAUUCUUUGGAAAUGGAGUCUGUUGCCUCCAAUUCCAAUUCAACAACACCAAAUAACAACAACAAUAAUAACCGUCCCCGUCCCUAUCGUUUCAAACACAGCCAACCAAUAUCAGACAGAAUAGUAAGAGCCCUCCGUCACGGUCUCCGUCUCCUCCACCGUUCCGGCUCCACCUUCUUCAUCUUCGGCGCAACCGGUAACGUCUACACAGUAACCUUAUCUUCCACACCCUCGUGCACGUGCCCGGACCGGACAACACCAUGCAAACACAUCCUCUUCGUUAUGAUUCGAGUAUUAGGCGUUUCACAAAACGACGCUUGUGUCCGUAGAAAAAACCUUCGACCAUGUCAUCUUCAACGCUUGUUAAACAUGCCAACGUUGCAAGAAGCAGUUGCAGGGUUUACAUUACGACAGAGGUUUCAUCAGAUGUUCUUUGAAGGAGGGUCGAAGAAGGAGAAUAUAGAGAUGGAAGAUGGUACCACGUGUCCAGUUUGUCUUGAAGAGAUGGAGAAGGAAGAGAGGUUGGUGGCUUGUGGAACAUGUAAGAAUGUUAUUCAUGAAGAGUGUUUGACGAGAUGGAAGAGAAGUAGUGGACGAAGAUCGGCUAGUUGUGUGAUUUGUAGGGCAAGGUGGAGGGAUAGAAAUGAACAAGAUAAGUAUGUUAAUCUAUCUGCUUAUAUUAGUGAGGAAGAUAUGUUGGCACAACCUUAUGGGGACAUUUGCACUAGUUAGCAUAGAUUGCAAAUUCAUCUCUUAUUUAGCAGACACUGCAUUGUUGGAUUGUUCAUAAGUUUAUGUUAAUUUGUAUAUAGCAAGUAUGUUUAUGUAAACUUGUUUUCAAUGUCUAGCUCUGGUCACAAAAUUAUCUCUGAUUUUGCUGCCAAUUUGUUUUU